GUCCAUGAACACGGGAGGAGGAAAACGCAAUAUAUUUGAUAAACUUGGACAAAACUGCUGAUGAAGAGCAGGAAGGAAACGCAAUUUGAUAUAGAAGAAUGGCUGCACCCGAUCUCCUGGAUCCCAAAUCAGCCACGCACAACACCAAGCCACGCCUAUCCUUCUCCACCAAGCCCAUCGUUUUGAACUCGGCCGACGACUGUGACACUCUGGUCUCGGUCAUGAAAUGGAAGACUGUGUCAGCCAUCUUCCUCCUGGUUGUGCUCUACCUGAUCGUCGGCGCCACCGUCUUCAGGGCCCUGGAGAAGCCCUAUGAGAGCUCCCAGAAGUACGCCAUCUUGAAGGAGAAGCUGGAGUUCCUGGCACGCCACUCCUGUGUCAACUCCUCAGAGCUGGAGGACCUUUUGAAGCAAGUGGUGUCAGCGAUGAGAGCCGGGGUCAACCCGUCGGGGACGCCCUCUAACGAGAGCAGCCUGUGGGACCUGGGCAGCUCCUUCUUCUUCGCCGGAACCGUCAUCACCACCAUCGGUUUUGGGAAUAUCUCCCCGCACACAGAAGGAGGAAGGAUCUUCUGCAUCAUCUAUGCCUUGCUGGGCAUCCCACUCUUUGGCUUCCUGUUGGCUGGAGUAGGAGACCAGCUGGGCACCAUUUUUGGGAAGGGCAUCGCCAAAGUCGAGAAGAUGUUUGUGAAGUGGAAUGUUAGCCAAACCAAGAUCCGAGUGAUCUCCACAGUCCUGUUCAUCCUGUUUGGGUGUCUGUUGUUCGUGGCCCUCCCUGCUGUCAUCUUUAAACACAUCGAGGGCUGGAGCGCGCUGGAGUCACUUUACUUUGUGGUCAUCACCCUGACCACCAUCGGAUUUGGGGACUUUGUGGCAGGUGGCUCAGAAAUUGAGUAUCAAGACUUUUAUAAACCUGCAGUGUGGUUCUGGAUCCUGGUUGGUCUGGCCUACUUUGCGGCAGUGCUGAGCAUGAUAGGGGACUGGCUCAGGGUCAUCUCAAAGAAAACAAAAGAGGAGGUCGGCGAGUUCCGUGUGCAUGCGGCCGAGUGGUCGGCUAACGUGUCGGCGGAGUUCAAGGAGACGCGGCGGCGCCUCAGCGUGGAGAUCUACGACAAGUUCCAGCGGGCGGCGUCCAUCAAGCGCAAGCUGUCGUCCGAGCUGGGCCUCAACCCUGCGCAGGAAAUGACCCCGGGCAAGCGCACCCUGUCGGUCAACUUCAUCGACGAGCGGGACAGGGACCCAUCCUUGCCACCCCGCACCAAAAACAGCAGCCUGUACUUGAAUGGCCUCGGCUCCGACUCCCUGGAGCGAGGGGAGAUCGCCAUCAUCGAACACCUCAAAUGAGGCCUGGCUCUGGACCAUCUGAUGCCCAUG